AUGUCAAAAUGCAACCCACCCUCUCAACAAGCCCACGGCGGUCCAUCAUCCACCACAGCAUGGGAUCCGAAGUCAUCCUCCUCCCCUGGCCAGGGCCCAGUCGUCGAGAAGAAGAAACGUCAUCGCAUCAUCGGAAUCAGGGAGCACAUGCGCAACCUCGAGGAGAAGAGAUUGCAGCAGACCGGUCCGGAUAGUUGGUUGACGAGGAAGGUGAGCAUCGCGCUUCCAAAAACUUCCGAGAGAGCUAGGAAUUCACGACGAGCUUUCAUUCACGUGACCCCCUCCCCCCGGUUCUCAACUCGACUCGGGUCUAGUUCGCCGUCGGUCUCGUCGUCGGCAUGUUUGGGUAUUCUUACUACGUCUACGUCGUCAGGCUGUGCAUCAAGAUGGUCCGACUCGAUCGGGAUCGACAAGGCGGUCGAGCGCAGGGGGGUGCGUGUCGAUCGAUCUUCCUGAUCCGCUACCCCGUCACCGAGGGCUGAUCUCGACAACGUUGAUUCGAUGCGCAGUCAUCUAUUUGGUGCUGUACCACUUCUUAUUCCUCAUGUUCGUAUGGUGUUAUAUGCGCAUCAUCAACACCGGACCGGGAUUCGCAAGAGACGUCAGUGGCAUGGGUCCCCGAUUCGAAUAAAAGGGGCGAAGACUUACACGUUGAAUCUCCCACAGUACGUGCCUCAAACGGAACCACCGCAGGAGGAGGAAGAACUGGUCCAAGUGGAAGGGUACAGGUUCGAGAACUUGCGCCGAAGCGUAAAUGAACCACCACCGAGAACAAGUGCCGAUGCGAGUGGACCCCGAGCCGACACCAUCGACUUGAAGCAAGGACUCGCUUCACCGCCUGAGGCGGCGCCUGCAUCUGUUGAGCGUGAUGAUGACGCGAAUGAGGACCCUACACUGGGAGCACUCGGUCCAGCUGCUGCAUCACUCGCUGCGGCCGUCACCUUGGAAGACCCCGAACCAAACCCCUCUCAACCCAAAACCUCCACCUCGACCAUUGGCGACAGUAUGACCGCGAUCGGGACCCAACCCGACUCGAACCCGUCAUCAACCACUUUCUCCACCACACAGCCGAUUACCACUUCCCCCUACCCACCUCAACCGCACACCCAGCCCUUUGCUCCCACACGAACAUCGCACGAAUCUACUUCGCGAUCUUACCUCGACUUUCCCGAACCCGCAAAGGAUUACAAACCCGCCCCACCCAAAGUCAUCUUGGAACGAACGCCACCGACGGUGCCUGUUUUGACGGAACAGUAUCGGUAUGAUUCGAGGGAGGGGUAUUUGAGGCCUUUUAGGUCGCAUAGGUGCAAGCAUUGCGCCGCGGUCGUACUAAGUGAGUUGUCACGACAGACGGGAAGAGGGGUUCUGGACAUCAACGAAUUUUGCGACUAACGACGAGCUCGCCGUCCAUCUUUCUCCAGAAAUGGUGAGACAUGACGUGUGACUUUGCGACGGCUUGAAACGUGUUCGGAAUGCCGUGCUGACCCAUCCUCAUGCCAUAGGACCACCAUUGCCCUUGGGUUGGGACCUGUGUCGGUGCGCGUAAUUACAAAUACUGUAUGUCCGCAAUAUCCUUUCCAUCCGGAAGAGUUCCCGAACUGAACCUUCUUGAUACACUCUCUCAGUCUACAACUUUCUCCAAUGGUCGACCCUGUACACUUUUUACGUCUUCCUCACCCUCCUCAUCGGGAUCGCCAUCCCUUCGAACCCCUCGAUCGACGCGCAACAAAUCGUCAUCCUCUGCCUCUCCGGCCUCUUUGCCUUCUUCGUCAGCUCCCUUCUGAUCAUGCACACCCAAUUGAUCUUGUUGAACCUAACGACGAUCGAACAAAUGGGAUUGGAGAGGAUCAAAUCGAUGGAGAAUAGGAGGUUGACUAGGGAGUUUGGGACUUUUGGGUUCAAGGGGAUGAGGAAGGUGCGGAGGGAAUGGGAUCGGGAGUGGGGGAGGUUAGGGAAAGAGGGUAAUUUGUGGUGGUUGGGCAGUAGGCGGGAUAAUUGGAGGAUGGUCAUGGGGAAGGGGAGGUGGGGUUGGUUUUGUGAGUGUUGGGAGGAACUUUGGUAUUCUUGACGAGGCUUGGAGGACACAGUACUAAGCACGCUGAUCGCGUCGGCGUGGACAGUGCCCAUUCCAGCUACACCCAAAAUGGACGACGGUCUGAGCUAUGUCCCGAACCCGAGGUUCUCGAAGGAAGGCAUCUGGAUGAAGAGGGAUCAAUGGCCCCAGGAGCUUCAAUGA